CGAAGCGACGUUCGCCGACGUAUCGUCCUCUGUCUCUCCUUUCUAUCUCUUUCUCGUCUUUUUAUCACUGCCGUAAAUCUUGUUCUUUCGUUGACCAGCGGCGACGAUCGCCACGAAGUUUGCCGCCGUCGGCAGACGGUGCGCGUUCGUUUCUCUCGUCCGUUCGACCGUCCCGUUCGCGUCGGCGAAGGAAAGAGGAAGGCGACAGGAAGUCGUAAGGGUUAGAGGGAGAAUAACGGAGCAGUGGCACGAGACGACGAUCGACGCCGUCGCCGCCCCCGCUGUUAUCGUCCGAUGUGUGAAAAGUGCGCGAGUCCGCGAGAACGCGACGCCGACACAGUAUCGAUAGCGUAACGUGCUGAACGUUGCCGCGGAGGAAGUUUCACGCGCGGCAGCUUCAUACCGAACGGGGAACGCGCGCUCGCGCGUGUUCCGAUCGUCGUCGUUCCGCACACAUACCGCGUCACAAUUAAGACCGCGGUAUCGAAAUCGGAGGUAAUCGCGCACGCGGAGUGGUGAGAGUCGAUCGCAGAAAUCAAGCGUCGAUCGAAAUUAAACGUCAUCGAAGCGAGAUCGGGCGGGCGAUAACGGGGCGAGCGAUCGGAGCGGCGAAGAUGCAUUCCAGAUGGACGAUGACGCCGCGACGUCUGUAUUGUCUGUAACGGUCGCCGCCGUCGGUUAGGUAAGAAAACGUCGUCGUAUUUAUUAUUUAAUCGUCCCUCCACGCGAAAGUCCGCCGCCGCGAUCCGCGCGCGACGGUGUAUCGACGUGAAUCGCGCGGGUUAUGACGCGCCGCGCCGCUUAGGGACGCUCGACAAGCGCUCGUAACCGGAGCCCCGGGUAGCCGCGAGUGCGUGCGUGCGUGCGUGCGUGCGCGACAACGUCAGCGACAGCGAUGGAGAACGACCCGGCGGCCAAGUCCUGGCCGUCGGGCCCGGGGACGGGCAAGGGAUCGUCGCCGUCCUGCCUGGAGGCGUCGAUGCCGCGGAAGUUCCGCGACGGGGACCUCCGUGCGGGGACCGCGGGCCUCAAUUGGGCGCUGUGCGCCCUCUGCCUUGCCAGCUUCGCCGUGUCCGGCGUGCUCUUCUACCGCGAGCUCGGCUUGGAGUCCAGGAUCGCGAGUCUGGAGGCACGCUGCAUGCGCGUCCAGGAUCCCUCGUCGCCGGUGGAAGCCCUGGUGCAGAGGCUCAAGGCGGAGAUGCAGGAGCAACUGCGGCAGACGCAACGGCUCGAUUCCACCGCGGUCUUCAGGCCCAAACGCGACAUCUCCGAGUGUAAUUGUCCUCCAGGUCCACCCGGUGAGCCGGGUCCACCCGGAAAGAGGGGCAAGAAAGGGAAGAAGGGUGAUCCCGGGGAGCCCGGUGCGCCGGGUGUGGCCGGGACGCCGGGCAAGAACGGUUUUCCGGGACCCAUCGGCUUGGACGGGCCCAAAGGUGAUCCGGGCCGACCCGGCGACAAAGGGCAGAAGGGCGAGCUGGGCAGCCCCGGAUUCGACGUCUUGUCCGCAGUAAAGGUCAAUGCACAGGGAUUGGGGUUAAAGAGGUCGGUGACGACGCUCCGCGGCGGGACGCUCGGCUACGCGGAAAUCGUCGCCCUCAAGGGAGAGCCGGGUGAACCCGGGCCGCCGGGACCACCCGGUCCGCCAGGAGCCGAGGGUCUUCCUGGACAUGAGGGCAGACAGGGGAUUCCGGGCGAGGUCGGCGCACCAGGGGAGAAGGGCCCGCCCGGGCCGAUCGGGCCCAUCGGCCCGACGGGCACGCCAGGACUUGCGGGUCCCAAGGGUGACAAGGGUGAUAAAGGCGAUCGGGGCUUCACGACGACCUUAAAGGGUGAGCAGUUUCCAAGUGGAGUAUUUGAAGGCCCACCUGGUCCACCAGGACCACCUGGGUCUCCGGGCGAGAAGGGAGAACUGGGCCCGACAGGACCGCCCGGCCUACCCGGCGAGAAGGGUACUCGGGGAAAGCAAGGGAAGAGGGGUUUCAAGGGUGAGAGCGGUUUGGCAUUGGCGAGGGGUGCCCCCGGCCUGCCGGGUCCGAAGGGUGAGCCCGGCGAACGGGGUUACUGGGGCGAAAAGGGCGCCAUGGGAGACGCGGGUUUACCAGGGCCCAAGGGAGAGAUGGGACUGCAGGGCUUGCAGGGGCUCAAUGGAACCGACGGCGAUCCUGGUAUCCAAGGACCCCCCGGAUUACCGGGAAUAUCCGGACCCAAAGGUGAAAAGGGCGACUACGGCGAUAUUGGUCCCCCCGGCCUUAUGGGACCUCCGGGUCUACCCGGCCCACCGGGCUAUCCUGGGCUGAAAGGCGAAAAGGGAGAGAAAGGUGAAUCGAAGUACAAAAAGCUCAGGCGAAGACAGGGAGACGGCACGUUCGAGAUGAACGCCGGGGAAGUGAUAAUGGGCCCGCCCGGACCCCCAGGACCCGCUGGUACCCCCGGACUGCAGGGCCCACCUGGGAUCAAGGGUGACAGAGGACACGAUGGCGCCAAGGGCGAUCCUGGAGAAAAGGGUGCCAAAGGGGAUCCUGGUCCGAUGGGACUGCCCGGCCCCAUGGGACUGAGGGGAGAGUCCGGAAAGCCCGGGGAUUCCGGGAAACCUGGCGCCAUGGUAAGAACGCGGACCUCCCGCUCCUAACGUCAUCGUAACUUGGCGUCGCCGCCGCGGAAUUCGCUGAUAAGCCGAUAACGUUUACAGGCGUGGAAUAGAUUCGUCGAGCGAUUCGAUGUCUAAUGUUGGCGACUACAAGAACGCGGAAGGGACGUCUUCCAGGGUACCAAAACUCGUCAAAGAGUUGGCCACACGAAGUGAAAAUUACGCCUGAAAAUCGGCGAUAUCGAAACGAAGCUGUAUAUGUCCGGUUACUGCCUAAAAUUAUUUUAGAAGACAAAUUCUUUGACGAAUUUUUAAAGGCAUAUUUUCGACGUAUUCUCUAAUUAAAUUGCCUGAAAUUAUUGGCUGAAGAAAGAAAUUUCGAUUCGUCAAAAAAUUCGUUGCUAAAAUAUAUAUCUUUCCGAGAUCAUCCCUGUAUGUUCGAUGUCGUGUACACCGCGGGGCCGCUUAUUCUGCAAAGAGUUUAAACCAGAUUCCGGUGAAAUAACGUUAACGAAUUAAUUAAUCCGCGGGCAAAGAGAGCGCGAUGCCACGUGUUCGCUUUAAUGAACUCCAUGAGAUUUGGUUUACGCCACUUUCAAAGUAAGCUGCUCGCUCUCGGUUCACGCGUUAACGCAUCACUACCAUC